UCUAACUCUCUAAGUCGACACAAGUCGUCGUGUUUCGGUGCGCUGUGUGCAAUUCUGUGGAAAUUCCCGGAAAAUAAACGUUCGCAUAACAAUUAGUGGUUUUCUUACGACCAAAAGGACGAUAGUGAACAUGAAUACUCCUUCGUACGUAUUCAACUUUCCAAAUAUGCCUCGCAAGCCGAAAAAAAGGAAUGAAGUGCAGAUAGUGGAUGUGGUGUGGAAGUUCAAAUUAAAGAACGAUGCCAAAAAGGCUUCGUUUAACUUUUGCACAUCAGAGGAAAAUAAAAGGACACCGUACCAGUUGGAGCUUUCCUUCAGUCAAGACGAAGGCGUAGAUGCCCGCAGUAAGGUGACACAAAACAGGCAACUUGCUGAUGGAUCGAUGGUCUAUGGAAAAAAGGAAAAUAACAAACUGGUAAUGCUACGAAAACAUUCUUACACGAUGAUGUUUAGUUUGUUCGAACAAGCCCCAGACGAGAAUGGUAACAAGCAAAAGAUCAAGGCUUACCUAGUUACCACACCUAGCCAGUACUGCGAGAAGGGCAAGGUGUACCAAACGCCGAACUGCGAGAAGGAUGUGGAGGUAGAACUAGACCAGAUUAAAUCGGUCGAACUUCGGGACGACUUCGAAUACUUAGAGGAGUUUACAUUCCGUGUCUACAAUGAUUCAGCUAAAGAGCAACCGAAGAAGUGACUUACUAUGGACAGGCAUCACUCUGCCCGCAAGUUGCUAUGCAUUGUCACGAGCGAACGGGAUUUCCAUCAUGUUCGCAAAAUUCUUAUUAUUCAACACAUCAUAUGCGUUAUCAAUGGUUCGAUGUUUAUCCACUCUAUUGAUGGUUUGCUACAAAACUACUGCUUGUUGAUUUGCGACCGUUAUGAAUGCGUAGUCGAUUACGCAUUGGUUGGUAGAAUGACUCUCCCUUAGCUUUAUUCUGCAUUUAUCAACUUUGCUCUCUGUUAGAUUAGUUAUCGUGAAGUUAAAAGUAUUAACAUGAUAAUAAAUGUCCAAAGUAAUAUUGCAA